AUGUUGAAGGACAAAAUCCUGAUACUAGUUUUGGGUAUUGGGUGCAUAGCCUUUUCAGGUGCAGUCUUGCUAUUUGUUUUUCUUUAUGCAAAGAAUCAUCCUCAUAAAUCCCCCAUAUGUUCGAUGGAGAAAUUUUACGUUCCUGCUCUAGAUAAAUCUUUGUCUAGUGAAAACGCUGCAGCCACCAUCAAUACAACAAUAUCAAUUGAUAUCAGACUCAAGAAUGAAAACCGUAAGCACAGCAAUGUUUACUAUGAUACUCUUAACAUCACUCUUUAUUACAUCCAAAAGGGUAAUAAUAAUGUCAGACGCGAUCUACGGAUACCCAUCGGAAAUAUUUCUAUUCGGGGAUUUUACCAGCAAGGCACUAAACCAGAUCAUCGUCCUGCGACGGUUCAGACACUUGGUGUUCCUUGGAAGGAAGCCAAGAUGGAAGUUGCAAAUGGGAGUAAUAGUAGGAAUAUGUUUAUGGUUUAUUUAACUUCAAUUGUCGGGUUAGAGAUACCCUCUACUGAUCAGGAUGGCAAUUCUCGAACGCGUAUCUAUAAACGGAAACUGAAUUUGGGUGUAAAUGUUAGUGUGAAUGAUCAAGGAAUGAAAACAGUACCUGGAAGUUUGAGGCUCACCUCAUCAAAAUCCUCAUAUAUCAACCGCUGUAAUAGUAUUUCAGUCCCCGUAGUUCUAAUACUUUCGUGUCUGAUUUGGUGA